AUGGACAGCAUAGAAGAAGCUAUAUCAGCUAUCUUCAUAGGUAUAGUGGUCGCCGAGUUCCUUCGCAAAACUGGUCGCGUGUUGCAAGCCAUCGAGGUAUACAAGGAAUGUUUGAUUAUAUUACACAGUCAGGCGCAGGCUAUCGAUAGUUCAUCGGCAAACUUAAUAUUCCGUAACAUCUACUUGGCAAUAAUCUGUGCUUACGAUUAUAUAAAGGAUUACACAAGUACAGAAAAAUACCUGAGGGAACUCCUCCUAUACCUGGAUUCUAAUGACACCGCUGAAAAAGGAUGGCUACAUUUAAAACUGGCAGAAAUACUUCAGAAACAAAGUAAAUUAAUGGAGGCCUGGAAACUUUACGAAUCAGCAAUCAACAUCAUGAAAACGAUGGGAAACAGGGAUGGAGAAGCAACAAGCUACGGAAACCUAGGAACUUUGUUCCAAUCACUCGGUCAAUAUGACAAGGCCCGAGAAUAUCAAGAGAAAGCACUCGCUAUCAAAAUAGAAAUUAGUGACAGGGAUGGAGAAGCAACAAGCUACGGAAACCUAGGAACUUUGUUCCAAUCACUCGGUCAAUAUGACAAGGCCCGAGAAUAUCAAGAGAAAGCACUCGCUAUCAGAAUAGAAAUUGGUGACAGGGAUGGAGAAGCAUCAAGCUACGGAAACCUAGGAACUUUGUUCCAAUCACUCGGUCAAUAUGACAAGGCCCGAGAAUAUCAAGAGAAAGCACUCGCUAUCAGAAUAGAAAUUGGUGACAGGGAUGGAGAAGCAACAAGCUACGGAAACCUAGGAACUUUGUUCCAAUCACUCGGUCAAUAUGACAAGGCCCGAGAAUAUCAAGAGAAAGCACUCGCUAUCAGAAUAGAAAUUGGUGACAGGGAUGGAGAAGCAACAAGCUACGGAAACCUAGGAACUUUGUUCCAAUCACUCGGUCAAUAUGACAAGGCCCGAGAAUAUCAAGAGAAAGCACUCGCUAUCAAAAUAGAAAUUGGUGACAGGGAUGGAGAAGCAACAAGCUACGGAAACCUAGGAACUUUGUUCCAAUCACUCGGUCAAUAUGACAAGGCCCGAGAAUAUCAAGAGAAAGCACUCGCUAUCAAAAUAGAAAUUGGUGACAGGCAUGGAGAAGCAUCAAGCUACGGAAACCUAGGAACUUUGUUCCAAUCACUCGGUCAAUAUGACAAGGCCCGAGAAUAUCAAGAGAAAGCACUCGCUAUCACAAUAGAAAUUGGUGACAGGGAUGGAGAAGCAACAAGCUACGGAAACCUAGGAACUUUGUUCCAAUCACUCGGUCAAUAUGACAAGGCCCGAGAAUAUCAAGAGAAAGCACUCGCUAUCAGAAUAGAAAUUGGUGACAGGGAUGGAGAAGCAACAAGCUACGGAAACCUAGGAACUUUGUUCCAAUCACUCGGUCAAUAUGACAAGGCCCGAGAAUAUCAAGAGAAAGCACUCGCUAUCACAAUAGAAAUUGGUGACAGGGAUGGAGAAGCAUCAAGCUACGGAAACCUAGGAACUUUGUUCCAAUCACUCGGUCAAUAUGACAAGGCCCGAGAAUAUCAAGAAAAAGCACUCGCUAUCAAAAUAGAAAUUGGUGACAGGGAUGGAGAAGCAAUAAGCUACGGAAACCUAGGAACUUUGUUCCAAUCACUCGGUCAAUAUGACAAGGCCCGAGAAUAUCAAGAGAAAGCACUCGCUAUCAGAAUAGAAAUUGGUGACAGGGAUGGAGAAGCAACAAGCUACGGAAACCUAGGAACUUUGUUCCAAUCACUCGGUCAAUAUGACAAGGCCCGAGAAUAUCAAGAGAAAGCACUCGCUAUCAGAAUAGAAAUUGGUGACAGGGAUGGAGAAGCAACAAGCUACGGAAACCUAGGAACUUUGUUCCAAUCACUCGGUCAAUAUGACAAGGCCCGAGAAUAUCAAGAGAAAGCACUCGCUAUCAGAAUAGAAAUUGGUGACAGGGAUGGAGAAGCAAGAAGCUACGGAAACCUAGGAACUUUGUUCCAAUCACUCGGUCAAUAUGACAAGGCCCGAGAAUAUCAAGAGAAAGCACUCGCUAUCAGAAUAGAAAUUGGUGACAGGGAUGGAGAAGCAACAAGCUACGGAAACCUAGGAACUUUGUUCCAAUCACUCGGUCAAUAUGACAAGGCCCGAGAAUAUCAAGAGAAAGCACUCGCUAUCAAAAUAGAAAUUGGUGACAGGGAUGGAGAAGCAUCAAGCUACGGAAACCUAGGAACUUUGUUCCAAUCACUCGGUCAAUAUGACAAGGCCCGAGAAUAUCAAGAGAAAGCACUCGCUAUCAAAAUAGAAAUUGGUGACAGGGAUGGAGAAGCAACAAGCUACGGAAACCUAGGAACUUUGUUCCAAUCACUCGGUCAAUAUGACAAGGCCCGAGAAUAUCAAGAGAAAGCACUCGCUAUCAGAAUAGAAAUUGGUGACAGGGAUGGAGAAGCAACAAGCUACGGAAACCUAGGAACUUUGUUCCAAUCACUCGGAUUGUGUUACCAAUCGCUUGGUAAAAAUGACAUAGCCGAAGGAUACCUUAAGCAAGCUCUCCUACUAAGUAGGGAUAUUGGACACAACUUGAACGAGUUUCUCUGCCUUUGUAAUCUAUCGGUGUUAAUGGCGUCACAAGGUCAUCUUGAAGAGGCUUCUUCGUAUCUUUUUCAAGGCAUCCAAAAGUUCGAAACUUUGAGAGGUUUUCUUAAAGAAAACGAUGAGUUUCAAAUAUCUCUUUUAGAAGAGUACGGCACCUUUCCCUUCAAGUUAUUCAGUAGGUUGCUUUCUUCCACUGGAAAGCCUGAAGACGCCCUUUACGUCGAAGAGCUGAGAAGGGCAAGAGGCCUGGCCGACUUGAUGACAGCUCGGUACUCUGUUCAAGAGCAGAUCUCAAGCGAUCCACAAUCUUGGUGUGGCAUUCAAGGGAUCAUCAGAAAAGAAGCAGACUGUGCAUGCCUGUACAUUUCGGUUGGCGGAGAUGAGGUACGGUUUUGGAUAAUAAAAGCAACGGGAGCUAUUCUUUUUUCAGAAAAGAAAGUGAACCUGGACCCAAACAAGGUGACCGGAAUAGUCCCUGAGUUAGAUGAGUUUUUUAAAGAACUGAUGUCACUUCGCCGCAACAACCGAUCAGGGCUGCAUUACUGUGAUACCGAAGAUUUCAAAACAAGUCUUCACUUGUGUUACAACAUAAUCAUUGCUCCCGUGGCCAGUUUACUGAAGGAGCCCGAGAUCAUAAUUGUCCCUGAUUCCUGUGUGUACCAAGUGCCAUUUGCAGCCUUGGCUGACGAAGGAGGCAAGUAUUUAUCAGAGACAUGCAGGAUUCGGUUGGUUCCCUCUCUCACGACUCUGAAGCUUGUUCAAGACAGUCCUCCAGACUAUCACAGUCAGACCGGGGCACUGGUAGUGGGUGACCCUGUGGUUGGAACGGUGAUUUACAAGGGAAGGUGCAGAAAUAUGAUACCAUUGCCGUGUGCAAGAAAGGAAGCAGAGAUGAUUGGAACACUUCUUGGCGUAAGGCCUUUGAUAGGAGAGUCCGCUACAAAGCAUUCUGUACUCCAAGCGAUAAAUUCAGUGAGCCUGAUACACAUUGCUGCGCAUGGAGAUCCCGAAAGAGGGGAGAUUGCUCUUUCUCCUGAGCACCCUACCCUACUCCCACCUUUUCCUCGAGAAGAGGAGUAUCUUUUGACGAUGGCAGAUAUUUCAAAAACUCGAUUGCGAGCUAAACUAGUGGUGCUUAGUUGUUGUCACAGUGCUCGUGGACAGAUUAGAACCGAGGGAGUUAUUGGAAUUGCCCGAGCGUUCUUGGGAUCCGGAGCUCGUUCAGUGUUAGCGGCACGAUGGGCCCUGGAUGACACAGCCACAGAGCAGUUCAUGACUUGUUUCUACAAACAUUUGUACCGCGGUGAAAGCGCAAGUGAAUCUCUCCACAAGGCCAGGAAGUGGAUGAGAAAUAACGGCUUUGACAAAGUUUCUCAAUGGGCGCCAUUUAUGAUCAUGGGCGACAACGUGACAUUUGAUUUUGGAAAUUGGCCGGUGCCUAGCGCACCUUAAGAGCCAUGACUUUGAUAAAACCUCUGUAGCAGAAUGAACUAGAUUUAGUAAAGCUCACAACUAUUUAAUUACAAGCCUGUAAAAAGAGGACGCCAUCUGCGAAGGACAACUCGGAUCGAU